AUGGCUGCUACGAGCGUUGUGGUGCUCGACAGGGGGAACAACACCACUUGCACGAUCAAUUUACAUGGGGCGACGGUUGUAUCCUGGCGGGUUAAUAACCAGGAACAAUUAUUUGUCAGUAAGCAGGCUGUGUUUGAUGGCAAAAAAGCAAUCAGAGGUGGCAUUCCAUUUGUAUUUCCACAAUUUGGACCUUGGACUUUUGGUCCGCAACACGGUUUUGCAAGGAUUGUAAGGUGGAAUCUGGAGAAGGCACCUGAAAGACUGGCUAGUGGAGACGUAGAAGCCAUUUUUUCUAUCAUGGACACAGAUUUCACACGUUCAAUGUGGAACUAUCAAUUCCGACUAACAUAUAGACUGAUAUUAAGAGAGAAGGAGCUGCACUUCAACAUAGCGGUUUUUAACCCAAACAAAGAACUGACUUUCAGCUUUAACAUGUUGCUGCAUACCUAUUUUAAAGUUCCUGACGUACGGCGGUGCCAAAUAACUGGAUUACAAGGCUGUACUUUUGUAGAUAAAACUAGAGAUGGUGCUGUGUACCAAGAAGCUAGAGACAUUGUUACAAUUGGAGAAUGGACUGACAGGGUGUAUCAGAACACUCCCCAAGAGCACAUCAUCACCAAUGUGGUGUCGGGCCGGAAAAUGAGAAUACAAAAGUAUAAUUUCCCGGAUACGGUGCUCUGGAACCCUUGGGCGGAUCAGGCCAAAGGAAUGGCGGAUUUCGGCGACGACGAGUACCCGAACAUGGUUUGCGUGGAAUCAGGCCACGUCUCCAGCCCUGUGAUACUCAUACCGGGCACGGCAUUCGAAGCCAGCCAAAUACUUCAAGUAAUGUGA